CAAAAUACAAGUACCUGUGGAGAGAGAAAGAAUCAUGAAAUGCUUCAAAACAAGAGAGAGAAAGAAAGUGUGCGCUACUCAUUUCUUUUAAGUUCUUGAAAAAGGAAAAAGAGAAAAAAUACAGACACAUGGAGUACCGUUCUUAUUAAAGAAAGUGAAGAGAGAGGAUAAUAAUAAUAAAUAAUAAAUAAGAAAAAGAAAAAGAAAAGAAAGCAGGAAAGAUGGUGGUAGCGUUACCAGGAGGAGUCAUAGUAUUAGAAGAAGAAGAAGAAGAAGUGCAGAAGAAGAGAAGAGAAUUAGUAGUAAUCGAGAUGCGUGCAAAAAAUAUUAUUAUCAAUAAUAAUAAUAAUACCAACCAUAACUCUUGACAAUUUGUCCUCCUCCUUUUGAUCCUCAUUUUGCCCGGCAUUUAACUUCUCUCUCCCCUUGUCUUUGUUUUCUUGGAAUUUGAUUCUUUCUUUCAUAUGCUCGAAUCGAUCUGCGGAUGCAUUCUUGAUGAAUCCGGCAUCGGUUAGUGAGAUGUUUCUUUUCUUUUAUUUCUUAGGUUUCUUUCUUGUGCCUCCUUUGGUUGGUGGUGGUGCUGUUCUUCUUUAGGAUAUCUUUUUGUCGUUGUUGCUAUUGUUGGUGUUAUAAUGGUGUUUACUUUAAUUGUGGUGUAAAUACUAGUUAACGGUAGUCAGAUUUGCUAGUGACCAUUGCUGUUGCUGUUGUAAGGAUUCCUAAGCCCUCCCUGGAUAUAUUUUGUGAUUCUUGGAGGAUUUUCUUAAUUUGUUUCCUCUUCAUCUUGAUUUCUUCUUAAUUACAUCUUCAAUAUCAAAAUACCAUACAAAUUAACCGCACCCACCUUUCUUUUCUUUUCCUUUUCCUUCUCGUGGAUUUCAACACUAGUCAACCGAGUUCAUUUCUUGAUUUUCUUUCCAAAUCCCCUCCAAAUUCUGCUAAAGUCAAAGAAGAGAGACUUUUUUAGUGGGGGUCGUGAUUUUAAUUGGGCUGGUUUUUCUUUCUACGGGAAUACCUGAUACUUCUCUAUUGGAUCUACUAGACAAGGUUAGGUCUUGGAUUUCUUGGGGAGCAAGUGAUCUUUCAGCAUCUUGUUUGUCUGCUAAUUUUCAGAUGCCUAAUAACGGAACUGUCGAGAUGUGUAGUGAGUGUCAUUCAAACAAUAACCAGUUUUUUAAUGGAUACCAUUGCCAAAGUUGUGGCAAGUGGUUGUGUUUCAAUUGUAUGAGAGGUUACCAAUCAAAUGGUGAUUUUGGGGAGGCUAUCAAAUCUUGCAAGUUCUGUAAUGGGGUUACUGUGAAACGUUAUGGUGGAAGGAAGAAUAGUGAUAAAGUACACCCUACUGACUCUCCUAGAGGUAGCCCUGAGCCACCAUCACCUUCUCUUAGUGCCGAGCCAAUCCAUAGUGAUCGUCUUCCCCUUUAUCUUGAAUCCAGGGAUUGUGGGUUUUCUCCUAAUGCAAUAACCACCAGGAGUAUGACUUCUUUUAGUGCUCACCCGUCUCCUGUUUCUGUUCGUCGCUCAUCAAGCAGGAGUGAUGAAGAAGAAGCAGAGGAUUCUGGGAAACUCCUUUACAGCCCAUCGAGUGAGUACUGUCAUGAUAUUUCAGAUAUAGAUUCAAGUAGUGUUAGUGCUAGGCUUGAGUUUUACAAUUGUAAGACGGUGGGAUCAAGUCCUUUAGACAGCCCCUCUCGGAUUGAUUUUAGUUCUUGUAGAGUUGGGCAUACUGUACAGCAGGGGCGAGAAGGAAGCCCAUUGUCUCAAAGUGAUGGUCCCUUUGAUCAAGAAAAUAUGGCUAUUUUAAGCAGGCCUGACAAAAGGACUGAGGAUCCAGAGAAUACUGAUGAUUGCUCUGAUGACGCGUCAGUUUUGAGGGAUCAAUAUCACAAGUCUCCAAAGCCAUUGGAUUUUGAAAGCAAUGGCCUUAUCUGGUUUCCCCCACCUCCUGAGGAUGAAAAUGAUGAGGAGGAGAGUAAUUUCUUCACAUAUGAUGAUGAAGAUGAUGAUAUUGGGGAUUCUUCUGCAAUUUUCUCAUCGAGUAGUAGCCUCUCUAGCACAUUUCCAUCAAAGGAGAAACAGAAUAAGAUUAACAAGGACCCUACUAAAGCUAUGAUACAGGGGCAUUUUAGGGCUCUUGUGGCGCAGCUUUUACAGGGAGAGGGUAUCAAAGCCAGCAAGGAUGAAAACAAUGGAGAAUGGCUAGACAUAGUCACAGCAAUUGCAUGGCAAGCUGCAGCUUUUGUGAAACCAGAUACCAGCAGAGGAGGUAGUAUGGAUCCGGUUGAUUAUGUAAAGGUUAAAUGUAUAGCAUCAGGAAAUCCAAGAGAUAGCACCCUUGUAAAGGGAGUAGUUUGUACAAAAAAUAUAAAGCACAAGCGCAUGACCACACAAUACAAAAAUCCCAGAUUACUUCUUUUAGGAGGAGCACUCGAAUAUCAGAGCGUUGUGAAUCAGUUGGCUUCUUUUAAUACAUUAGUGCAACAGGAAAAUGAUCAUCUCAAGCUGAUCAUGUUGAAGAUAGAGGCUCUUCGCCCAAAUGUUCUGCUGGUUGAGAAAAGCGUAUCUCCAUAUGCCCAAGAAUAUCUACUGGGAAAGGAAAUUUCCUUGGUGCUGAAUGUAAAAAAGCCUUUACUGGAACGUAUAGCUCAGUGCACAGGUGCUCAGAUUAGUCCAUCGUUUGAGAAUAUUUCUACAACACGACUGGGACAUUGUGAACUAUUCAGGGUAGAGAGAGUGAGUGAAGAACAUGAGACAAGCAAUCAGUUCAACAAAAAGCCAUCUAAAACAUUGAUGUUUUUUGAAGGGUGUCCAAGGCGUUUAGGUUGCACGGUCCUUCUGAGGGGCACAUGUCGUGAAAAGCUAAAGAAGGUCAAGCAUGUUAUUCAAUAUGCAGUUUUUGCAGCCUAUCACUUGUCCCUUGAGACUUCUUUCCUCGCCGAUGAGGGUGCAAGUCUUCCUAAGAUGACAAUUAGACCCUCAAUUGCUAUUCCUGAGAGAACAGCAGCAGAUAAUUCCAUUUCAGUUAUCCCUCCAAUGAUUUUCCAUGCUGAAGUUGCUUUGUCUGCUCAGGAUGAUGGAUCACUGGGUCUUAAACUAGAGCAUGGAGGAUCAGAAUCAUUGACGGGGAACCUUGAUGCUGGUGUCAUUCAUCCUUUAUCUCCAUGUUCCGUCACUUGUAGGUCUGGAAAUGAAUUCUCUAUUGCAUGCCAUGGCGAUUUAGUGUCUAAUGCGGGGGGAUUGGAUGCAUUUUCUGCAAGUCAAUGUGAGGGUCUAAAGAUGUUUGCUGUUUCCCCUGGUAUCAAAAAUCUUUCACAGCCAGAACUUCAAGAUAUCAUGGCUGAAGAAGAGGGACAACUUUUGGCGACUCAUGAAUCAGUACAAUCUGAGAAGAUUGAUGAAGAUGAGGUUUCCAGUGAAUAUUUCUCAGUCACUGACACAUACCAGAGCAUAUUAGUAUCAUUUUCAAGUCGCUGUGUGCUGAAAGGAACUGUAUGCGAACGCUCUCGGCUUCUGCGCAUAAAAUUCUAUGGAAAUUUUGAUAAGCCACUUGGAAGAUAUCUUCGUGAUGAUCUGUUUGAUCAGAAAUCAUGCUGUAGGUCAUGUAAGGAGCCAGCCGAAGCACAUGUUCUGUGUUUCACUCAUCAGCAGGGUAAUCUUACAAUCAAUGUUAGAUCCCUUUCCUCUGUAAAACUACCUGGAGAUCGUGAUGGUAAGAUAUGGAUGUGGCACCGAUGCCUAAGAUGUGCUCAUAUAGAUGGAGUUCCACCAGCAACUCGUAGAGUUGUCAUGUCAGAUGCUGCCUGGGGACUUUCUUUUGGGAAGUUUUUGGAACUGAGCUUUUCAAACCAUGCAACUGCCAAUCGUGUUGCACCCUGUGGUCAUUCAUUGCAGAGGGACUGUCUUAGAUUCUAUGGGUUUGGGAGCAUGGUUGUGUUCUUCCGGUAUUCCCCUAUUGAUAUUCUCAAUGUCCAUUUACCGCCAUCAAUGCUUGAAUUCAACGGCAUUGUUCAGCAAGAGUGGACAAGGAAAGAGGCAGCAGAGCUCUUGGGAAAAAUGGAAACCUUCUAUGGUGAGAUAUUUGGUGUGCUUGACAGCAUGGAACAGAGAAGUAAAUAUUUUGGAAGUGAAUUGUCAGAUACCAAUGAGUUACAGAAUCGCAUCAUGGAGCUGAAAGAUCAACUCGUAAAGGAAAAAAACAAUUACAGUGGCAUAUUACAACUGGCAGUUAUGGAGAGUUUACAGUUGGAUCAAACAGCCAUGGACAUUCUAGAACUCAAUCGCUUAAGACGUACUCUUCUAAUUGGUUCUCAUGUUUGGUAUCGGAAGCUUUAUUCACUGGACUGUCUCCUUAAGACAAACUAUCUUGUCAAGGCUCAAGAAGGGGAUGUGUCAUAUACUGAGCUGAAAGAUUUGAAGAACGAUAUAUUUUGCAAGGAUAGCAAGCUUGACCAUGAUCAUGAAGAAAAUAUCUCUGGCUAUUCAAAAUCACAGGAACAUGUAGGGAAUGAUUUUCAGUCAGAGAAGAAAGAAACAGGUGAGGAAACCGCGAGCAAGACAUUAUUUAGUGACAACCCUUCCCAUGCUUCCAAUCUGUCUGACAGAAUUGAUUCUGCAUGGACGGGUAUCGAUCAACUUCCAAUUAAAGUUCAACCUCCACAUGCAUCUCAGGCAGAGGCAGAUGGAUUCCAACCUGUGUCUGUCAGGCAGCCAAAUUUGUUUGAUAAUCCUCCUUUUCGAAGGAUGGCGGCACCAGAGAGAGUUCAUUCUUUUGAUUCUGCAUUGAGAACCCAAGAAAGAAUCCAGAAAGGGUUGCCUCCAUUGCAUUUGUCGACUAUCAGAUCAUUCCAUGCAUCUGGAGAUUACAGGAGUAUGGUGAGAGAUCCUGUUUCAAAUGCAAUGAGGACUUAUUCCCAGACAUUGCCACUGGAGGCACAUAAGUUGAAUUUAAUGCACAGUUCCACACACUCAUUUAUCUCCUCCGCAGCUAAUAUGGCUGGAGGAGCUCGGUUAUUGUUACCAGUGAGGGCCAACAGUGACUUAGUUAUAGGUGUGUAUGACAACGAUCCCGCAAGUGUAGUUUCCUAUGCCCUCAGUUCUAAGGAACAUGAGGAUUGGGUUACUGAUAGGUCAAAUGAGAGUGGAGGAAUCUGGAGUACAAUUAAGCACAGUAAAGAAGAUUCUGCAGCUUCCUCUUUUACAUCCUGGCAGUCUUUAGACUCCAUGGACCUAGAUUAUAUGAGCUAUGGAAGUUAUGGGUCUGAAGAUCCUUUUUCAACCUUGGGCACCUUGGUUAUGGAUUCAAAAAAAUCUCCACACUUGACAAUUUCUUAUGAAGAUGCUUCUUCAAUUGCUGAAGGCAAAGUGAGGUUUUCUGUUACUUGUUAUUUUGCGAAGCAGUUUGACUUUCUUAGGAAGAAAUGCUGCCCUAGUGAUGUUGAUUUUGUUCGUUCACUGAGUCGCUGCCAGAAGUGGAGUGCACAAGGAGGAAAAAGCAAUGUGUACUUUGCCAAGUCAUUGGAUGAGAGAUUCAUCAUAAAACAAGUAAAAAAGACAGAGUUGGAGUCCUUCGAGAAAUUUGCCCCAGAAUAUUUCAAGUAUCUGAUUGAUUCUCUCAACUCAGGGAGCCCCACUUGCUUGGCAAAAAUUCUUGGUAUUUAUCAGGUUACUGUAAAGCAUUUGAGAGGUGUCAAGGAAACAAAAAUGGAUUUGAUGGUGAUGGAAAACCUCUUUUUUAACAGAAAUAUUGGGAGAGUCUACGACCUUAAGGGCUCUUCUCGAUCCCGCUACAAUACUGACACAUCUGGGUCUAACAAGGUGUUACUAGAUACGAAUCUAGUGGAAAGACUGCGUACAGAGCCCAUAUUUCUUGGAAGUAAGGCGAAGAGAAGCCUUGAGAGAGCUAUAUGGAAUGAUACGUCAUUUUUAGCAUCUGUUGAUGUUAUGGACUACUCUUUGCUCGUUGGAGUGGAUGAUGAGCGGAAGGAGCUGGUUUUGGGGAUCAUUGAUUUCAUGAGACAGUAUACAUGGGACAAGCAUUUAGAGACGUGGGUUAAGGCAUCUGGAAUACUUGGCGGUCCGAAAAAUGCUUCCCCAACAAUUGUUUCUCCAAAACAAUACAAGAAAAGAUUCCGAAAAGCAAUGACUUCAUACUUUCUUACUGUACCUCGUCAAUGGUCUUCAUGGACUGAAUCACUGCAUUCUUGUCAUUCAUAAUCAUUUGUUCAUUAAUAAGGCAGUCAGAGAGAUUAGUGGAGAAGGGAAGGACGCCAUCCAAUCCCAGUAAAUUUCUCUCUUUUCCUUUUUUUUUUUUUGUUCAUUUGGGUGGAAUCUUUCGUGUAUGGGCAAAGUGUAGCCCAACAAGAAACUUGUAUACGAGGGAAUAAAAAUUCCUUGUCGAGAGGUCUUUGUACAUUUUUUUUUAUACAUGUGCAAUUGCGACCUCGGAAUAAGAAACCUCAUUAUGCUUUGCACCGUGAUCUUUUUCCUUCGUUGGCAGGAAUAGCUGGUAAACUUGGAUUCGAAGUUCUUAGCAUAUGAAAGAGCAAGUUAGAACCCCGUACAUUCAAUAAAUCUGUAUUAUUUCAUCA